AUGUUGGCCGAGGCGUUUGCGCCGCCUCUCGACGGUCCACAAGACCAUUCCUCAUUGACGGAAGUGCCUUACGUACCUAUUGGACACCUACCGCAAGCCGGCAUUAAUAAUUGUGUUGCUCCGCCUUUCGCCAUGCCACCAGCGCAUGCUCCUCCAUACGUGGCGGCUCCGCCCUUUCCGCCAAUGGUCCCGAUGCCGCCGGCCGCUACCGGUCCCAUCACACCACGGUUGCCCGUUAUUCCUAAUGGAUAUACUGUCAACAUCACCAAUCUCAAUCGUGAGUUUUAA